CUAAAUACGGAAGCUCGCUUGGAUAACAGGAGAGCUGAAACGCGAAGGGGGAGGUUAGGAGCAGCAGGAGGCCAUGGCUGAGCUGUAAAUGACGUGGAAAGUGUCAGGAGAUAGUAGCAAACUUCAAGUCUUGAAAGCAAAAUCCUUCGCUUUUCUGUCAGCCGCCGGGACCGCAGAAUGAGUCUGGAUAAAGCAGAGCUGUGUGAUUCUCUGUUAACCUGGUUACAGACAUUUCAGGUGCCAUCAUGCAACAGCAAGCACGACCUAACAAGCGGAGUGGCCAUCGCACAUGUGCUGCACAGAAUAGACCCCUCUUGGUUUAAUGAGACAUGGCUUGGCAGGAUCAAGGAGGAGAGCGGGGCCAACUGGCGCCUCAAGGUCAGCAACUUGAAAAAGAUUCUUAAGAGCAUGCUGGAGUAUUACCACGAUGUGCUGGGUCACCAGGUAUCAGAUGAUCACUUGCCAGACGUGAACCUUAUAGGAGAGAUGGGAGACGUCACUGAACUGGGCAAGCUGGUGCAGCUCGUAUUGGGCUGUGCUGUCAGCUGUGAGAAGAAACAAGAGCAAAUCCAGCAGAUAAUGACACUUGAGGAAUCUGUCCAGCACGUUGUCAUGACAGCCAUUCAGGAGCUCUUAUCAAAAGAGCCGUCAUCUGAACCAGGAAGCCCAGAGACCUACGGGGAUUUUGACUACCAGUCCAGGAAGUAUUAUUUUCUAAGCGAGGAGGCAGACGAGAAGGAGGACCUGAGCCAGCGCUGUCGAGACCUGGAACAUCAGUUGUCAUUGGCUCUGGAGGAAAAGUCGUCCCUACAGACGGAGACACGCUCCCUGAAGGAGAAGCUGAGCCGCUGCGACUCUCUGGACACCUCCACCACUGCCAUCACUGGCAAGAAGCUGCUGCUGCUGCAGAGUCAGAUGGAGCAGCUUCAGGAGGAGAACUACAGACUGGAGAACAGCAGAGAUGACAUGCGCGUGCGAGGAGAGAUACUGGAGCGUGAGGUGACCGACCUGCAGCUACGUAACGAGGAGCUGACCAGCCUGGCGCAGGAGGCCCAGGCCCUCAAAGAUGAGAUGGACAUUCUCAGGCAUUCAUCUGACCGGGUGAACCAGCUUGAAGCACUGGUGGAGACGUACAAGAGGAAGCUGGAAGAUCUGGGAGACCUGCGCAGACAAGUGCGCCUCCUUGAGGAACGCAACACCGUGUACAUGCAGCGCACCUGCGAGCUGGAGGAGGAGCUCCGCAGGGCCAACGCUGUCCGCAAUCAGCUGGACACCUACAAGAGACAGGCUCAUGAGCUUCACACCAAGCACUCUGCAGAGGCCAUGAAAGCUGAGAAGUGGCAGUUUGAGUACAAGAACCUUCAUGACAAGUAUGACGCCCUGCUGAAGGAGAAAGAACGUCUGAUCUCAGAGAGAGACACACUUCGGGAGACAAAUGAUGAACUCAGGUGUGCACAAGUCCAGCAGAGGUGUCUCAGCGGAGCAGGAGGCUUGUGUGACAGUGAUGCCACAGUGGGGAACCUCGCUGCAGAGAUCAUGCCUACUGAGCUCAAGGAGACGGUGGUGCGUCUACAGAGCGAGAACAAGAUGUUGUGUGUCCAGGAGGAGACCUACAGGCAGAAACUAGUGGAGGUGCAGGCUGAGCUGGAAGAGGCUCAGCGCAGCAAGAACGCCCUGGAAACCCAGAACAGGUUGAACCAGCAGCAGAUCUCAGAGCUGCGCUCUCAGGUGGAGGAGCUCCAGAGAGCGCUCCAGGAGCAGGACAGCAAGACGGAAGAUGCCAUCUCCUCCUUAUUGAAGAAAAAGCUUGAGGAACAUUUGGAGAAGCUCCAUGAAGCCCACUCAGAUCUCCAAAAGAAAAGAGAGGUUAUUGAUGACCUUGAGCCCAAAGUGGACAGCAACAUGGCAAAGAAGAUAGAUGAACUCCAGGAGAUCCUGCGGAAGAAGGAUGAGGACAUGAAACAGAUGGAAGAGCGAUACAAGCGCUAUGUGGAGAAAGCGAGAACGGUGAUCAAAACCCUGGAUCCUAAGCAGCAGCCGGUGACUGUGACUCCUGACGUUCAGGCACUGAGGAACCAGCUGACGGAGAAAGAGAGAAAAAUCCAGCACCUGGAGCAUGACUAUGAGAAGAGCAGGGCCAGACAUGACCAGGAGGAGAAACUCAUCAUCACUGCAUGGUACAAUAUGGGGAUGGCGUUGCAUCAGAAAGUGUCCGGCGAGCGGCUCGGCCACUCCAACCAGGCCAUGUCCUUCCUCGCCCAGCAGAGGCAGUCAACCAAUGCCAGGAGAGGCCUGAUACGACACCACCCGAGAUAAGACCCCGCACCCCUCCCCGACACCGAGGAGAUGGUUGAGGCAGGGGAACAUGCUGAAAGAGACGAUGAGGUGAUCUACAGUAGACUUGUAUCACCGCCUUUAUGCCUUCACUACUGGAAUGCUGUACCUCAAAGAAUAUGUUUCAUGCUGCUGAUGCCCCCUGGUGGCUUUUAAUGGUAUGAGACUUAUUAUUUUAUCUCUGGAGCCCCAGAGGAAAGACACACUACUGUGUUUAGCUCUACUCGGAGUCUUAUAGAAGGAGAAAUGACUGGAGUAGAAGGAGUUGUAGGGCCUGAGAAGAGGCUGUCUCACCUUUUAAGGUGACUUUUAUUUCAUCUUUGGUUUUUUUUGGCCUCAUUUCUGUUUAAGGUUUCUUUAAGUCUUUUUUUUUUUUACUUUAAACUUUUAUGUUAUACAAUAGGACAUAAUGUGAACUAGUUUUGUCAAGGUUACACUUCAAAUAUGGGAGACAAGGGAGGAGUAAGUAAGAGGACCAGGACCCUCCCCUCCUCCUGGUCCAUUACUGCCUGUCAGAAAUGAAAUCAUGUUGGUGAUGAGGAGAGAUGUGGCCUAGAUGAUUACAAAUGUAAGCUCUAAGGAAGACAUAAAGCUACACAGGUUGUCCUAAUUCCUCCAUAUAUAUACUGUCGACUGAUCAAAGAUUAUCACACUCAUUUGUUGAUGCAUCGCAACGUUUUUGUCAAUUUGUUUAGAAUUGUCUUUUAGCUAUUAUUUUUGUCUUCUUGAUCAUGUGAUUUGAGGUGACUUUUGCUUGUUUGUUUGAUUUGAAGGACCUUGAAAAGAUGUAAAAACCAUGAGGGUGUGUUCUGGCUUUAGUCUCGUUUUCCUUUGUAUUCACUUGAAUAUUAAUAUUCAUAUAAGAAUUUGUUCAAAUUUUCACAAGAUAUACCAAAGCACUUUCCUCUAACGGUGAGUUUGUUUGUUCAGUGCCUCGCAAAAGACACUAAAUACUCCCUCUAUGGUGGCGUUUGGGAUAUUUGCAGUGUGUGCUUUAGAACUGAUUUUAGUGUCAGCUCUCACUCCCUCUCACAUAGAUUCUACUUAAAGAACAUGUCACGUUGCAGGUUUGUUUUCUGCAUAUGAUUUUUCUCAACAAUGUUCUUUUAUGGGUUGCCUAUUAAUUUGUUUCUUCAUUUUUAUUUUUUAUUGUUUUUUCAAUUCCUUUCCACGUCUUCAAAAGAUUGAAACAGGGUGUUUGGUUUUCGUUAGGACCUAAAUGCACUCACCACUUUAGACUCUAAACUGAUGUGAAUGUAGGCAACUAAACUAACUGAAAGCCUCCUAAUUUGUCACAAAUACAUAAUGUGAUUAAGUCCCCAAUGAUAACACUAAAAAUAAUGACUCAGCUAAUGGCUGUUUACUGCUGCUAGACCUCAUUUAAUGUUUAACUGAACUGGAAGGUAAUGUGUUGAUUAAUACGCUGGAAUUCAGUGUUGGAUAUAGUGUUACCUGGAAUAGAUAGCAUUUAUCAACACUAUAUCUGCCUUUAUUCACUACUGGUUAAUUUUCAACAGAUGUAGUAACUUUUAGUCUUGUCAUCUGUCCCAUAUCAGAGCUGCUGUUUUCUGACUUGUCCUUCAUCCCUGUGAAUGUUUGUGCUAUAGUCUGUGCAGACCAAAAUACUGUUGUUGUGUGUGUGCACAUUUUUAUACCUCUGGUUCAUUAUUUGGUUUGAUAUUUAUGGUGUUAUCUUUGCAGCACAUUAGCAUGGCUUGAAGGGGUUAACUUUUAGGGUUGUCAAUAUAGUCUGUGUAUCAUAUUAUGGUCCAGUAGAUUAUAGCAUACUGUACGUCACACAGGGAUCUGAGGCAAGUUAAAGAUUUGUAGUCCUGUCUGUUGAACUUUUGCACUACAAAUAAAUGGGAUCUUAGAUAAGA